UUAAAAUACAAUAAUUAAGAUUUUACUGGCAACAAAUGUAAUAUACUUCUUUCUUUCUUCCGGUUGCCAACACAAGGCAAGAUGCGUUCCGUUACACUCAAAGAUGUCGAACAAGACAAGGUUGUCAAGACCGUUGCUGCCCAUUUAAAAAAAACGGGCAAAGUCAAGGUGCCAGAACACAUGGACCUUGUAAAGACUGCCCGAUUCAAGGAAUUGGCUCCAUAUGAUCCUGACUGGUUUUAUGUGCGCUGCGCAGCUGUCCUUCGUCACAUUUACAUCCGUUCUCCAGUUGGAGUCAAAACUGUUACGAAGAUUUUCGGAGGUCGUAAACGCAAUGGCGUCACACCCUCACAUUUCUGCAGAUCAUCAGGAAGCAUUGCCCGCAAAGCAUUGCAAGCUUUGGAGGCUCUGAAGCUGGUUGAGAAAGUUCCAGAUGGUGGCCGCAUUCUUACUGUGCAAGGCAGGCGUGAUCUGGACAGAAUCGCCGCUCAAGUCCGUCUAAAGGCUAAGCAGCAGGCAAAACAAGCAGUUAUUGUCCUGCUUCGUUUCAAAUUAUUGCAGUUUUGUAAUUCUCCUCUCAUUAGAUUGUAUGUAUGGACAUGCAGUGAUCGCAAAAUGUUGGUGGCAUUUGGACGUCGUGCGGUGUUUGUCGUGUUGUUGUUUUUAAUAUCGUGUGUUGUUGGCUUACGCCAGUAUGGAACACCGAGCGGGACUUUAUACGUAGCAGAUGAUCACUUGGAAAAGGAUCAGAAAUAUACUAUAAUAAAUCAAUUUUUCAACGAAGAGCCAAACACUAAUUUGGAAAGAAGAAAACGCGAUGUUACCCCGCCACCGACUCCCGGUGCACAGAAAAAUAUAAGUACAUGGACAACCCAUCUCAAUGACAGUCAUCAACAGCUGAUGGUACACUGGGUUGGUGAAGGAUCCAAUGUAAUAAUUUGCUUAGCACGAGACUCUGUGCCACGUGCUAAGGGAGGUAUAUCACCAUCAGCUCUCUACAUAUCCUACAACUAUGGGAUGAAUUUCACUAAUAAGACUGAGAGCUUCAGAUUAGGAGACUCUCCUGAUAGUGGUUAUGCACAGCUGGAUAAGUUCUUCAAUCAUCCCAAAUACCCGCAAUUUUGUGUAUUUGUGGAUUCCACCAACAAGAAGCUAUUUUAUACCAGCGAUAAUGGUGUGACCAUACAUAGGUCUGAUCUGAAUUUCCAUCCCAAUGAGCUGGCCUUCGAUGAGGAGUUUCCAAGCAAAUAUGUCGUUUUGGAUAAAGUGGGCUCUAAUAGAAUGCUUUAUCUCACAUUGGACGGUGGGAAAUCCUUCAAACUAAUUCAAAACUACGUAAAGACGUUCUACUGGUCGUCCGGUCCCGGUUUCUCGAAAGUGUUCUACGUGGAACGAUGGAAGCCGGACAGGAACAGUACAGUGAUCAGUGCGAACGAUCCAACCGAACUCAACGACGCAAACAACGUCGUGUUUCUAGAAGCGAGGGACUUCCAAAUUAAAGGUGACUACAUGUUCGCAACGAGGCAGACGAAGGAGAAAAACACUUUAAGUCUCUACAUCUCACAUCAAAGGGGUCCCUUCUACAAGGCCGAAUUCCAGACCGAGCUAGACCUUAGGAAGUUCCAUAUCGCCGAUGUGACAGACAAACGCAUAUUCGUCUCGGUGAUGCACACAGACAACCUCGCCCAUUUAUAUGUGUCAGAGAUCAACAACAAUUUUACUCAAUACAAUUUCGUGUUGAGCUUGGAACAGGUCUUGUGCUAUUUCCCAGAUGGAAACUGGAAGGACAGCUGGUUGGAAGACGUAACAGAGGACCCAUUCACCGACCUGUAUCGCGUGGAGGGGUUGAAGGGCGUGUACAUUGCGUCGCGCGUCCACACCAAGACACUGGUGGGGACUGUCGGACCGGAACACCUUAUCUCGUUGAUAACCUACGAUCAUGGUGUCACGUGGUCACCCAUCAACCCACCCACCGAAGAUGAAAAUGGUAAACCGUUGAACUGUCAAAUUGAAAACUCCUGCAGUCUGCAUUUGUGUCAGAAGUUCAGUCAACUGUAUCCAGUAACAAGCCCUCCUGGAAAUGUGAUUGCGGACGGGUUAAGAUCAGCCAGCAUAAUGAGUUCAAAGUCUGCGCCGGGCAUUAUCAUGGCUACUGGUGUGCUAGGAAAAUCCCUUAAAGGCAUCCCUGGAGUGUACAUAAGUCGAGAUGCUGGCCUCAGCUGGAAGAGGAUCCUUAAAGACUAUUACUUCUUCAACUAUGGAGACCAUGGCGGUGUAUUAGUCGCAGUUAAAUAUUUCAAAUCCCGCGGGGAAACAAGGAGGAUACUGUAUUCAACGAACGAAGGCAUAGACUGGCACUCUUAUCAGUUCAACGACAAUGACCUUCGCAUAUACGGGCUGAUGACCGAGCCUGGCGAGAACACAACAACAUUUACCAUGUUCGGCUCGGCAAAUGAUCAACAUCAAUGGAUUAUUAUUACCAUCGAUUUACGUAAUACUUUUGAACGCAACUGCACUGCUGACGAUUACAAGUUCUGGUCACCGUCUUCUCUCAACUCUUUGGUAUCGUGCGUACUCGGUGUUAGGGAAACGUUCCAGCGCCGCAUACCUAACUCGAACUGUUAUAAUGGCAUCGACUACGAUAGGCCAGUUAAGAAAGAAAUAUGCGAGUGCAGCAGACGCGAUUUCGAAUGCGACUUUGGAUUUAUGCGAUCCGGUGUCGAAUGCGUUCGUAAUAAGUCGGUAGUUUACGAUCCAUACGCGAUACCGGCAGGUUGCCGCCCUGGACAGUCGUAUAUGCGAACUAAGGGUUACAGGAAGAUUGACGGCGACGUCUGUGUCUCGCCCGCUUACAUGCCUUACGCACCUGAUAAAGUGGCAUGCCCUAUCACUGAGCCUACUGAAUUCCUCAUUGUGGCUCUGAGAGACAAAGUUGCACGCAUCGAUUUAUCAGAUAACUCCACUUUAACACUGGUUUCUGACCAGAAGAACAUUGUAGCUAUUGAAAUUGAUAUGAAGAAUAAUUGUCUUUAUUGGGCUGACAUAGACAGCGACAAAAUCAAACGUCAAUGCUUUAAUAACGGUACGCCCGAAGAGAUUAUUGUGGGCAGUGACUUGGCCAGCAUUGAAGGCAUGGCUCUGGAUUGGAUUUCGAACGUUUUGUUCUUCGUAGACGGCAGACGCAAUAAAAUCGAAGCUGUUCGAACUGAUUUGAACAAUGAAGGAAGAAUGCGAGUAACAAUUUUGGAUUCCAAAGUCUUAUCCAAACCACGUGGUAUCGCUGUGCAUCCUAGGGCUGGUUACUUGUUUUGGACUGAUUGGGAUCGCAGCAAUCCAUCUGUGUCUAGAUCUAAUUUAGACGGCUCAGACAUUAAGAGGCUCUUUAAAAAACCAACUGUCCAUUGGCCAAAUGGAAUAACGAUAGAUCAAAUGUCUGAGAGGAUUUAUUGGGUCGACGCUAUGGAAGAUUACAUUGCUAGUGCCGAUUUAGAUGGUCGGCAUUUUAAGAGGAUUUUGUGGAACGACGAGAGAGUAGCGCACCCGUUUGCUAUAGCUGUGUUGAAGGAUAAGAUGUAUUGGGACGACUGGAAAGCUAAAUCUAUAUUCUACGCAGACAAACAUACUGGCUUGGAUAUUGUAACUAUUAAUAACUCAUUCACUGGGCUUAUGGAUCUCAAGGUGUUUGCCCAUUUUGUCCAGCAAGGAAGCAAUGCUUGCUCGAAUAAUAGUAAUGCUUGUCACGCUCUAUGCCUAGGGGGCCCUGCUAACACCUUCAGUUGUCUAUGCCCAGACGGACUCACGCGCACUACUGAAGGGAAAUGUAUGUGCCCCAAUAAUGAACAACCGACAGUGAACAUGACAUGUCCGAGUAAACCUGGCGCAACAUGUGGUAAAGACCAGUUCACAUGCAAGAGCGGCGCGUGCAUCGAGGCGAGCUGGCGUUGUGACGGGAACAACGACUGCGGCGACAUGUCGGACGAGAUCGGCUGCCAGUGCACGCCGCCCAUGAUAGCGUGCGACGACACGCGCUGCUACUUACCGCAUUGGAAGUGCGACGGCGACUUCGACUGUAAGGACAUGAGCGAUGAAAAAGAUUGCGAUCAUCACAACUGCACCGAGAAUCAGUUCCAGUGCGCUAAUGGAUUAUGUAUUGAGAAGAGAUGGGUGUGUGAUGGAGAUAAUGAUUGUAAAGAUGGAUCUGAUGAACGUAAUUGUAGCGCCGUGCAAGUGAAGCGCAUAGAGACCGGGUCUGGCGCAGAGGCCGGCGAGUGCGCGGCGGACGCGUUCCGCUGCUCGCGCAGUAGCGCGGCGUGCAUCCCGGCGGCGUGGGCGUGCGACGGCGAGCGCGACUGCCCGGGCGGCGAGGACGAGCUGCCCGACAGCUGCCGCAACGCCUCCUGCGCGCCCUACAUGUACCGCUGCCCCAGCGGCAAGUGCAUCUUCAGGUCUUGGUUAUGCGAUGGCGAGAAUGACUGCAGCGACACAGAAGCCUCCGACGAGAAGAACUGCACAGGCAACCAUCACUCGAAGCUGCUGCCACGUUUGACGACCGAGAAAAUUGACUUCGCAUCGAACACCUCCUGCCUGGACUGGAUGUUCAGAUGCAACAACGGCAACUGUCUUCCGUACUGGUGGAGGUGUGAUGGAGUUGAUGACUGCAAUGAUUUCUCUGAUGAAAUCGGCUGUGGCUCCACGGAUACAACUGUGAUACCCUCCGAUCAACAUCCUUCGAUCAAAUGCGGGAAGAAUCAGUUCACUUGUUCACCAGGCGUAUGCAUUCCGCUAACGUGGGUAUGCGACUCGAUGGCGGAUUGCGUGGACGGCGCGGACGAGCAGCCGAGCAGCUGCGAGCGACGAGCGGGAGCGGGCGCGGGCGCGGAAGCGACUUCGUGUUCCGCUCACGAGGCGCCGUGUGCUGAUGGCCGCGGCUGUGUGCGAGACGACCAGCUCUGCGAUGGUGUGCCGCAGUGUGAAGAUCGCAGUGAUGAGCUACACUGCGAACCCGUUGCGAAGCAGCCGGCGGCGGCGUGUCCGAGCGGCACGCAGGCCUGCGACGGCGGCGCUCGCUGCGUGGCGCGCUCGGCGCUGUGCGACGGCCGCGCCGACUGCCGCGACGGCAGCGACGAGCUCGACUGCCCGCCCGACCGCCUGCCGCCGCCCGCCUACCAGUUCCUUAGUCUCGGCGUGGACCAGUCGACGAUUAACUCGACCAGUUUCCUGAUCUCGUGUUGGAUGGCCCAGCAGAAGCUGGUGAAGUAUAGUUUCUUACCUUCGAUAUCAAAAGUCGAAGAUGGUGUGUGGCGCAACAUGACUUGGACUAAUGAUAGUAUUUAUAGGUUCACAAACUUGGAGCCAUACACAAACUAUAACGUCACAUUCUACAUACAAGACAGUAAAUCUAAUAGAACAUACGCGUCGUUGAAAUACGUGAAUAUGACCACAGGCGAAGGAGUGCCGUCGCCGCCGCGGCGCGUGUCGGUGAGCCAACUGGUCGGGCGGCGGGUCAACGUCCGCUGGGACGCGCCGCUGGAGCCGCGCGGCCGCCUGCACCACUACACGCUGUACUACGCGCCGCCGCUGCCGCCCAUGCAACACGACAUAUCGCCCGACGACCUCACCAUUAACGUCAAGGGAUUCUUCAAGCCAAACAUCACUUAUUCUUUCUGGAUGACGGCGACGAACGGCGCGUCGACGUCCCCAUCAUCGACGGUGAUGAACAUAACGUUCGAGGAGCCCGGCGACGUGGACGAGCUGGCCAACGUGAGCGUAGCGCGGCCCAGCCCUGACCGCGCCGAGCUGCACUGGCACCACAUCCGCGCCGUGGACGGCUACCAGCUGCAGGUGCGGCUGCCCGCGCCCUAUGCGCGGCGACCGCCCAUAGUCACCAAGGACGACCACGCUACUGUAACGAAUCUGCCGCCCGGUGUGGACCUAUUCAUUGAUAUUAGGGCGUUCAAAAACAACAUAUAUGGCGAUCCAUUCACGAUACCGCUGCGUACUACUGGCGAGGCAGAUGAGACGCUCAAUUUGACCGCAAUGCUGCUGAAAGAAAAGGGUACUUCGGUGCAAUUGACGUGGUCACCACCCCUUGGAGACAGAUACAAGAACAAAACGCUUGAAUAUGAAGUGCAUUACAUUAAGGCUAUGCAGAGGCGAAUGCCAGGAGGACUUAGUAAUGAUACAAAAAUCGUAACGAAAAAUAAUACCGUGACGGUGGAAGGAUUAGAAUCGUGUGAAAGCUACGUUUUUGCUGUUGGAUUACUCGGUGGGCCACUGUCUAAGUUUGUUGAGAUCGUUACCAGAGGAGAUCCAAAGGCUCCAGUGAAGAACCUCCAUGCUAGCUACAAUAAGCUAACAUCUGAACUCUACAUCUUCUGGUUUGCAAACUGCGACGUGCUCAGAGAGCCUGUGCCAUACAGGUUGGAAAUAAAAGAUGAAGUGCUAGACAAAACAAGCUACUACGAACUGAAGCCGAAGAGUCAAAUCAAUGUGCAUCAUGUCAUUGAAAACGUGCCCGUUGGAGGGAAAUACAACAUUUGCGUUUCAGCAGGACAAAGCGCAGGAGCUAGCGGUGGCUUUACGGGGACAACUCCUAGAGCGACAUCGGGAGCCGUAUGGUCGGGUGCGGCGUGCACGGUUGGCCGCUGCGGCGCUAUCCCCGCGCCGCGAGCUCUACUAGCGCUUCUCACAGACGGACACCUCAUGGUCAGCUGGAAGGACGAUGCACCGCCGUCGGACGCACCGUUGCCCAAGUACCAAGUGAUAAUAUCAGAGAAGGAGAUUCCCGACGACUUGGUCCAGCCGAGCGAGGAUAUGAAGUCAGUGUUCACGGACCAGUCACCGCUAAUAGUACCAGCGCCCAGCAACGGCCCGCUGUAUGUAAGCGUGCGAGCCGUUGCAGCCGACGGCCGCCAAAGCGAUCUCAGUGAAAUCCGCACCAUAGCCGUGGAUGGUUUGGAGAGGCCCGGGUCGAGCGCGGUGAGCGCGGUGUGGUGGGCGGGCGCGGCGGGCGGCGCGCUGGCGCUGGUGGCGCUGCUGCUGGCGGCGCGCGCGGCGCGCGGCCGCUGGCGGCGCGCCGGCCCGCACGCGCCGCACGCGCCGCACACGCCGCGCUACGACAGCCGCCGCGGACAGGCCACGCUCGGCGACCACGAUGACGACGACGUACCUCCCAUCCAGGGCUUCUCGGACGACGAGCCCCUGGUGAUUGCGUGAGCGCCGGCUCUGUGAUGUUAACAUUGAUCUUGUCAUAACCUAUAGUAUUUUAUAUUUAUUGUUUCAUCGUGUCGCGGUUCUUUCUACGUUCUCGGUAUAUCGGUUCACAAUAACAAAAUGUGUUGUAUUAAUUUAGUUGAAAUCUUAGGUUAUUGCGGCUCUUUUUUUUUGCAACUUAGAAUGGUAAACAAGCUGACGGCCCACCUGAUGGAAAGUGGUAACCGUCGCCUAUAGACAUGAGCAGUACCAUGGAUAUAACAGACUAUAUUGUUUCGCCCAUGAUACCCCCCAUGCGUUGCCAUUCAUGCGGCUCUUCUUAUGUCGUUCUGAUUGCCUGCUACACAAAGGUAACUUUCUGGCUUGUUCGUAAAGUAUCUACAGUCGUAUACAGUAAGUUGUAGAUGCUUUGUUUUUACGAUAAAUAUAGGUCCGCAGAGCUAGGAUAAAAAUUUCAAAAUUUUAUUUUGUUUAUUGAAAGUACAAAAAAGUUCGUUUACGGACCGCCAAGAACUGAAUUUAAAUUAGUCUUGGCAAAAUCCUGUUAUAAAUUUAAUUAUUAUUUUAUUUCUUUAAUUUGAUUUUGCAAAUAAUACCGCUUCUGGAAUCGAUUUCAAUGUCACCAAAAUGUAGUAUAAGUAUUGACGUAUUGUUGUAAGUGACUACGCGCCUUUAUUCGACUUAUUAUUUUGUUUUGCUUGUUUAAAUCAGACGAAAAUCUAUUGCUAAAGCUGUUGCAUAGCCUUACACCGAGACCGUAGAAUUAGUUUUAAAAAUAUAUAAAUUGAAAUUGCAUUGCCAGUCACGUUUAGUCACAAAUGAAAAUUGAGUGAAAUUUAGUUAAAUUUUUGUUUUAUUUUUAUAUAUAUGUAUAUAAAAAAAAAAGAAUAAAAUUGACGUCGACUGCAGUGCAAACAAUUUGUUAGUUUAUAAUACUACGUUGAUACUGUUUACGAACGCGCUCAGAGUAUUAUUAUGUUAUUAAUAAUGUUUAGUUAUAACUUAUAAAGCGUAUUUUACUUUAACGAUGGGGCAACACAUAAUUUCGCUCGGUUUGCAUGCGAAUCGAAUUUAUCGAUACAUACGUUUUCGUCAACGCACGCGUGAGACAGAAUAAAACGUCGGAUGUUGCUGCCUUGUUCUAGCUCAUGAGCGCAUUAGCGGUAAAGUAUCUCGAUAUGUUCGUUUAACUAAGAUGGCUGUUAUCUAGUAUAGAAUUAGAGUUUCUACAUUGAAUCUGUUUGACCGACAUUAAGAAUUGCCAACGGGCGAAAAUCUGUGUUCACCCACACAACAUCGGAACGCGUUUUUAAACCAAAAACAAAAGCAAACGUUAUUUUGGCUGUAAAUCGUAAGACUUGUUAUAAUAUUAUGUUAGACUUUAUUGUGCUUGCUCAUUUUGAUAUAUUUUUUUUUUUUUAUUAUGUAGGUAAAACAGUAUGACCGCAACUAUCUCUUUUUUAAUUAAUGUUGGACACCAAAGAAAAUAUAAUCCAUAUGCAUAAAUAAUAAGUUCAAAUAUAGAAUACCUACUAAAUGUAGAGUCCAUGUUGAAAAUUUAUGUGUAUAAUUAUAUUUCAUGUUAUAGCAUCUCCACAUUCCCAAUGUAUUCGUGAAUAGUUUAAGUGUUUAGUUCCUAUAACCAAAUUUGUAGAGCCGCGUUUUAUAUAAAGUGAUUGUGUAUUAUUAAAUUUAUGUUGUGGGCUGAUAAGUACAUGCGUAAAUAUAAACAAAUAAAAAAUAAAACUAUGAUUACAAAAUGAAA